AUGGCCGAGUCCAACACUCGAGUGCUGUUCCUGGCAAACAGUGAGCAUGGCCAAACCAACAUCAUUCUCGCGCUCGCUCACGAGCUUCUUCUCCGUGGUGACAUUGACAUCCACAUUGGGUCCUUCCCUGUCCUGAAAAAACGAGUCGACAAGCUGCUUCAUGACAAUGCGGGACUCUACAAUUCCACAUAUGCCUCGCGCAUCCACUUUCAUCCAGUGCGCGGUCCGUCCAAUACGGACGUUUUUGUUCGCACAGGCAAAAGAGGCGCUUUCCACCCUCCGGGGUAUGAGGGCUCGGUCCUUGGCUUCAAGUCUUUAAUCGAGGAUAUUUGGGGCUGGAAUGAAGAGGAAUAUGUGGACGUGUACCAGAGCUGUCUGGAGAUUAUUGAAAAAGUGCAGCCCUCAGUCAUGGUUGUGGACUUUUUCUUCCUGCAAGGUCGCGAUGCCGCGCAUAAUGCCGGCCAUACUGCCAUUUUGAUGAACACCACAGCUCUCAGUCACAUAGUGCUUGGUUUGCAAAAGAAGGCGGCAUGGGCUUGGAAGUAUCCCUUACCAGGUACCGGUUUCCCAUAUCCUCUCCCCUGGCACCUCAUUCCAUGGAACACGAUGGCCGUGUUGAAGACGGCAAAAAUAUACCACGGUAGCGGUCGUAGACGAGAAAUCCGCGAAUGGAGAAUACGAAACAACAUCAGGGGCCGAUUCCCCUUUGCAGACGGAUGGCGGCCAGACCGAAUGCACCUGUCGCCAGCUCUCAAAGAACUAGACUGGCCUUUUGACGUGCCUGACAAUGUAAUCCCGUGCGGGCCUAUUCUACUGCCCUGCGCAUCUGUGGAAAAGCAGGAUCCCGAAUUAAACGCGUGGUUCAAAAGAGGACCGACUAUUCUCGUAAACCUCGGAACUCUUUACGCGCCUGAUCCCACUGUCGCGUUCAAGAUUUCGACGGGACUGAAAAUGUUCCUUGAUUCCUGGAGUGACAAGACAGUCCAGAUCUUGUGGAAACUACCCAUUCACCCUCACGACAAUGACGAUGUGUAUGUUGACUCUGUCAAGCCUCUCGACGAGGAGACCAAAACGGACCGUGUGCGCAUCAGGGCUUGGUUUGAAGUCGAGCCUAUGGCCAUGUUAGAGACAGGGAACAUUGUGCUUUCUGUUCAUCACGGCGGAGCCAACUCGUGGUAUGAAGCCAUCCAAAAUGGCGUUCCUCAUAUUAUUCUGCCUGCAUGGCAAGAUUGUUAUGAAAAUGCGGCACGAGCAGAAUGGCUCGGAAUAGGUGUCUAUGCCAACAAGACAGCAGCACCAAAUGUUGAGUCCACAGAACUUGCCAAGGGCAUCACAAAGGUCAUGAGCAACCGAGCCUCCUAUGUCAAGAAAGCUGCGCGUCUCGAGGCUCUCUGCCGCAAGAAGGAAGGUCGUGUACUGGGAGCAGAAAAAAUUGCCGACCUGGCCAUGCACCCUGAGAAGAUCUCACUAGAAGUACCGGGAGUCAGUGUAGACGAUCUCCGUGGAGACUUCCAGCAGAUCCAGAAUAGCUUGGGACAGACGCUUGAAACCACCAAAAAGUAUCACAGAGCUGAAGGGAAGAGCACCUCACGGCCAUUGUGGAAACGCGCUGCUGAGACGCUGAUUGUGGCUCUGUUCAGUAACUCUUGGUUCAUCUUGCCGACUAUCGGAUAUUCUCUUCUCCUCGUGCCUCGUUUGCGGCUCAUUGCUUUUGCUUAUAUUCUCUACAUCAAAUUCCUUUCCAAUGUCCACAAAAAGGGCUCCAAUUGGUUCCGAAGUGACUGGUUCCGCAAGUCAUGGAUUUGGAGAAGCUACGCAUCCUACUUUCCGUUAACCCUAUACCGCUCAGCUCCUCUUUCCCCUCAAAGAAAGUACAUAUUCGGCUAUCAUCCGCAUGGCGUGGCUUUCCGGGGAGCAAUGGGUUCAUUGGCUGCAGACGGAGCAGGCUUUUCUGAACUGUUCCCGGGCAUCAAAAACACCUUUCUUAUGAAGGACGAAGCUUUCAAAACUCCACUGUUACGAGAAUAUCUACUUUCUGUCGGAUUGAGCGGUGUCUCUCGUCAGUCAUGCACCAAGCUUCUCACAUCCAGUGGCCAUGACGGCCGUGGGAUGGGUCAAGCAAUCACCAUUACCAUUGGCGGUAGCAGAGAGUACAACGUUUCUCGACCAGGCACGAUGGAAGUCGUUGUCAAGAUCCGGAAGGGCUUCGUCCGUGUCGCAGUCGAAACCGGAGCAGACCUCGUCCCAGUCGUGGCGUUUGGUGAGAACGAUAUCUUUGACCGAAUAAACGUCAAUGACUCCAGUGUCAGUGCUAUAAUAGCUCGCGUGUGGGAGGGGGUGGUCCGGCAUAAGGUUGCGUUUGCGACAGGUCGAUUCAACAUCUUUUGCCCACACCGCAAGCCCUUGCAUGUGGUGGUUGGAAAGCCAAUUCCAGUGAAGCAGCAGAAGCAAGGUAUAGAUGAGGCAUACGUUGAUGAACUGCAUGGUAAAUAUGUAACGGAGCUUGCCAAACUUUGGGAUGACUGGAAGGAGAUGUUUGAGCCUAACAAGUCUGUCAAGUUUGAGAUUGUCGAAUAG